CUAGCUAGGAAUAAUGAUGCCACUAUCCUCAACCAUAUGCUUCAUACCAAUGUAGAAGAUCUGAAGGGCUGGUUCCAUGAAGAUGAUGUUUUUGUUGUAGACAGAGGCUUCCGAGAUUCAGUCGAUAUGCUCGAGGAGCUGGGAAUAAGGGCCGAAAUGCCUCGCCUGAUGAGCAGAGGGCAGAAGCAGAUGACAACCUUAGAUGCCAAUGCCUCUCGUCUGGUCACCAAGAUUCGUUGGGUCGUUGAGGCAGCCAAUGCAAGGAUAAAGCGAUGGAAGUACCUUGCUCAUGUUCUUCCGACCAAUCAAGUGCCAUUUAUCGGUGACUAUGUGCGCAUCGUGUGUGCCCUCUCCAACCGUUACUGCAAGCCUCUGUCGACAGGAAGUGAAAAUGAAGACAUGGCCCUUGCAUGCAAAAUGAGGUAUUUGUCAACAAAAGUUAACUCUUUAAAGACAUUUGUUGAAGAAAACUGUCUGGAUAAGAAGUCUGUAAAGUGGGAAGUGGCUACUGAUUCUUUGGAAUUCCCCAACAUCAGCGAAGAUGACAUUCGUAAUCUGACCUGUGGAGUUUAUCAACUGAAGUUGUGUCCAAGUUAAAUUCAGGAGUAUUUGGAGGGGGAUGUGGAUAUCUUGGUUCACAGUGAGUUCCAUUGGCUUAUCAGGGUCAAGCUACAGAGUCGUCAUGUUUCUUCCCGACAGUAUCUGCUCUGGAUCGAGUUUUCCGAGUCUGAGAUCACUGCAUGGUAUUGCAGAUGUCGAGCGGGUGCCCGUGUUGUGGGAGUAUGUUCCCAUGUCGCCGCCGUUAUCUGGUUUCUCGCUAUUGGGAGACACAACAGGGAGGCUAUUUCGUCUAUUCAAGACUGGUCCGAGUUUGUCACUGAUGCAGCUGUCAUUGACGAAUCUUAGGACAGUGAUGACAGUGAGGUAGAGGAGUAACUGAGUUCAUUUUUCUUCUUCUAGUGAUCAAUCAGACUCUGUUGGUAUCCUGAAAAUAUGAACAUUUUUGAUUUAUAAUAUGAAAUAUUCAUUUAUCUGAUUCAUUUAAACACAAUACAGAUCUGGUUGCAUUAUUAUCACACAAAUGUUUUGUAAUCAACAAUUUGUCAAUUGUAACAUAUUAUGACUUAAGCGAGAAUUAUAUCAUAAUUUUUUUUUACAUAUAUACUAGUAGAAAAUUCUAAUACAGUGUCAAAAGAUA